AAAUGAUUAGACCAACCACAUGAGCCUUACAACACACAAUUCCACAUCCUUCUUUAUUGUUUGAAUUCCAAAUCAGUCCAUGAAUUAAACGCCUCAGUCGCUUAGAGCACAAGUUUCCAACUGGAAUUCGCUAAUGGGAUAGGAUAAAGAUAGAAAUUAAAAGUAUUUAUAGGUUAUAUACAUAUCUCAAUUCUCAAAACCCUAUUAUUUGCGGAUUUAGAAAGAUGGCUGUAGAAAGCGGUCAUCAUGAAGCAGAUGAUCAGUCACUACUGGAGAACGUAUGGGCCAACUUCAUUGGUGGAGAAGAAGCCGAUAGAGGAACGAAAUCAUCGUCCAAAUCCUGGGAAGAUCUGCCUAGCCUGGAUGGGAGAGACGGAUCCAUGGAGAUUUUACAAAGGCUACCAAGUCUUGGGAGGUGGAUAUCAAUGGGAGCUGACGCCUGGGAGGAUCUUCUGGAUGGAAUUAUUCCUCCACGGAACAUAGACCAAUCAUGUAACGAUAUAACCGUCAAAGACAUAAGUACCGGAGGGCUUAAAGCGAAUCCGAUGAGAGUAGAGAAACUGGCAACGAGACACUACCGGGGGGUGAGGAGGCGGCCUUGGGGUAAGUAUGCAGCAGAGAUAAGGGACUCAUCGAGGAAAGGAGCUCGAGUUUGGCUUGGGACGUUUGACACAGCUGAGGAAGCAGCUAUGGCCUACGACAAGGCUGCUUUGAGAAUUAGAGGCCCCAAGGCAUAUCUUAACUUCCCACUUGAGAGAGUAGCUAAGGCUAUGGGGAUCGAUCAAACAAUAACUAACGUCAACCGGUGUUUGCCUGCAACUAACUGUCAUCGUAACGAAUCUGCUUGCGCAGGUCCCAGCUUCGGCCAGAAUUUCACAAGUCAUCGGAAAAGAGAGUCUAGAGAUUGGGAGGAAAACAGUGAGCUUCUUAUGGUUGAGCAGCCUAAUAUAAAGAGGACGGCAAGUAUUGCAGAGGAUGGAUAUGAUAUACUUGAGUUUCAGGAUCUGGGGAGUGAUUAUUUGGAGAGUUUGUUGUCAUCUUUUUGACUCGGAGAAUCUGAAGGGAUACAAGAUACGAGAAGGUUACAGGUGUAUAUUGAGAUUCUUUAAU